AUUGUGCUCGGAGCCCCUUGGCUUGCUCGCCUCUCCUUUCCAGUCAGCACAAGGGGGAAAUGCUCAUGGAGGAGAGCAAGAUCCCUAUAGUAACCGCACCAUAACGUGGAGCCAAGCCCCGCCCCUCGAAAGCAGCUCUCUUGGGUGACCGAGAGAAAACUGAGUCUGAGGUGCUUCCAGCCUCCGCCCCGCCGACCGAGAGAGGCCGGCGCAGAGCGAGGGCGGAAGGCACGGAAGCGGGGAGGAAGGGCGGGGCUCGCCGUCUGCCGGCUCGGCCUUCCAGUGCGGGCAGCGGCGAGGCGAGCGAGGUGGGUGGACGGCGGCUGCGUCCUAUUACUAUUACUACUGCUGCGAGAGGCGGUCGAGAUGUUCAGCUGGAUGAAACAAGGCGGGCGCCACCGGCCCGGGGAAGGCGAGGACGUGGUGGAGACGGUGACGGGCGGCCUGAAGGAGCUUUACGCGAAGAAGCUGCUGCCCCUGGAGGAGCACUACCACUUCCACGAGUUCCACUCGCCCGCGCUGGAGCCCGCCGACUUCGAGAACAAGCCCAUGGUGCUCCUCGUGGGCCAGUACAGCACCGGCAAGACCACUUUCAUCCGGUAUCUGUUGGAGCAGGAUUUUCCAGGAAUGAGGAUUGGUCCAGAACCAACUACAGAUUCCUUCAUUGCUGUCAUGUAUGGAGACACCGAAGGGAGUGUUCCAGGGAAUGCUCUUGUAGUAGACCCUAAAAAGCCAUUUCGCAAACUCAGCCGUUUUGGAAAUGCAUUCUUGAAUAGGUUCAUGUGUGCUCAGUUGCCCAAUCAGGUUCUGAAGAGCAUUAGCAUCAUAGACAGCCCCGGCAUUCUUUCAGGAGAGAAACAGCGAAUACGCAGAGGCUAUGACUUCUGUCAGGUUCUGCAGUGGUUUGCUGAGCGUGUUGAUCGUAUCAUCCUCUUAUUUGAUGCCCACAAACUUGAUAUUUCUGACGAGUUCUCAGAAGCAAUCAAAGCGUUCCGGGGUCAGGAUGACAAGAUCCGGGUUGUGUUGAAUAAGGCUGACCAAGUAGACACCCAGCAGUUAAUGAGAGUCUAUGGGGCACUCAUGUGGUCUUUGGGGAAAGUGAUUAACACUCCAGAGGUGUUGCGUGUCUACAUUGGCUCUUUUUGGUCUCAGCCCCUGCAAAACUCAGAGAAUCGAAAGCUGUUUGAGGUGGAAGCACAAGAUCUGUUCCAGGACAUCCAGAACCUACCACAAAAAGCAACAGUGAGAAAACUGAAUGACCUUAUCAAGAGAUCACGACUUGCAAAGGUACAUGCUUAUAUCAUUAGUCACCUGAAGAAGGAAAUGCCUUCGGUAUUUGGAAAAGAAAAUAAGAAGAAAGAACUGAUCAACAAGCUACCUGAGAUUUAUAUUCAGUUGCAGCAACAGUACCAGAUCUCACAAGGGGACUUCCCUGAAGUCAAGAAAAUGCAGGAGCAGUUGGAGAAAUACGACUUCACCAAAUUCCAUUCUCUGAAGCCAAAGCUGAUUGAAGCUGUAGAUAAUAUGCUGGCAAACAAAGUUGCCUACCUCAUGACUCUGGUGAGCCAGGAAGAGCGUAACACGCCUGCGCAGAAGGUUCAAGGUGGGGCAUUUGAUGGCACCACAGUAGGACCAUUUGACCAGGGCUAUGGGGAAGGUGCCAAGGAAGGAGCCGACGAGGAGGAGUGGAUUGUUGCCAAAGAUAAACCUAUAUAUGAUGAAAUCUUUUACACUCUCUCGCCAGUCAAUGGUAGAGUCUCUGGGGCCAAUGCAAAGAAGGAAAUGUUGACCUCCAAACUGCCCAACAGUGUCCUGGGAAAAAUCUGGAAGCUUGCUGACUGUGAUAACGAUGGCAUGUUGGAUGAGGAGGAAUUUGCAUUAGCAAAGCAUCUUAUCAAGAUAAAACUGGAGGGAUAUGAACUCCCCAGUAGCUUGCCUGUCCAUCUGGUACCUCCAUCGCAUAGAAAACCUUUGCGUGGGGCACAGUGAUAAACGCAUUCUAAAAAUGUUAAAAAUUCAGUACCUGUUACAGUUAAAGAUUGUAUAACACACUUGAAGGUAGGGUUUUUGUCAAGCAUUUUAGGGCCACUUCAAACACUGAAUCUGUCCUAUGUGGGUACCACUUGCACAUGAAAAAGCACAGAAGCUAUCAUGUACCUCAUGCACUGGGGAGCGAUGCUUAGUGGCAGUUUUCUCAUAUGUGCAUUUGUGCAACAUGCAUAUCUUGUAAAAUAAACAUGUGUAUAAUCAUGGCGUGUGUCAUGACAGGCUCCACAUGCUUUCUGGCAUUUGAAGUGGCCCUCAGUUAGAUGCUGCAUUCCAUGCACAUUACAGGAACUGGCAACAUAGCACAGGGAUAAACCUAUGUUAAUAGAUCUGAAGGCCCUUCAGUAAAAGGGCAGCAGGGGGAGUAUUUCUUACAAGUGCCUUUGAAAAUUACCUUCUGUUUUUUGUGGGUAAGGUUUUUGACAUUUUCCCCCCACUGUGUUUACAAUCAAAAUACUAAACUGGGAUUGAGCAGAUGUAAAAAUAGUUGCAACUAUAUACUAAACAAUACUUUGAUAACACAAUGCAAAACUACCUUUAUUCUUCAAAAGGAAAUCUAACAUUUUACACUUCCAAGGAGGCAGGAAUUUGUUCACUAAUCAUACUUGAAAAGAAAAUCCACCUUCUCCAAUUCCAUUUAGAGAUUGUAAGAAUGCGCUUCAGUUCAGUUUUUUUUAUUUUUUUAGCCAAAACUUAAAGGCCUGUCUUGGACUAGACUUCUUUACAAAGUUGUAAUUGUUUGGGGAAGGAGAAAAGGGGAACGUAUGCAUGGAAAGAGCUUUCAUAAGAAUAUGAAAUUGUAUUUAGAAAAUCAACAAAUUACUAUAUUUGAAAGUUAUAUAUAUUUAAAUUGACAUUUUUAAAAUCUUACAGCUCUUUAGCUACUGUAGAGGUUAUCACUGUUGCCUCUGUAUAAGUAGAAUAUAUAUGAAGAGCCCUGCUGGAUCAGGCCAAGGGUCCAACAGUGGAACCCAGUGUCAGGACAUGAAGGCAAUAGUCUCUGCAUUGUUUACCUUCACAUCUGCUAGUUGGAGGUGUGCUGUUCCUAAACAUGGAGAUUCUUUUUUAGCAUCAUGCCUACUAGAUAGAACUAGUCUCUAUUUGUCUUAGGCAUUUUUCAAGCUAUCAAAUACAGAGGCCUUUGCCACAUCUUGUGGAAAUGAAUUCCAUAAGUUAAUUUUUGUUGUAAUACUGUGAAGCCCAUGGUAGUUGUUUGGUUGUUUUUUUAAGAAUAAGAAUAAUGUGCAUUAUAUACAAAUAUUGACACCUCUGUUCACUGCAAUGAUGAUUUGCAAAAAGUCCAUUUAGAGGGCUUAAUCCCAAAGUACGACUUUGCUGAAAACACACCUACAUACGUGACAGAGCUACUUUGCAGAAUAUAUAUAUAUAUAUAUGCUUGUGUCAGUGGAGGGUGAGGUGACUUAAAUUAGUUGAUUAUAAUUUGCACAGGUUAAAGUAGUUUGAUCUAUUAAUUCUAAGGCUUUAUUUUUAACAUGCACAGGAAACCUUCCUGUAUAUUCUAAGCUACAAAGUGUUAUUUUCACUUCUUUCAUUUAUGGACCACCACUAGAUUAUGACUGCCUUGUGGCAUGAAACCUGUACAGUGAAUGCAUCAUGGGAGGGCUACAGCAGUCUAGCCAAAAGGCCUGUAGGUGUCCUUUCAUGAAAGACAGAGCAAAUGAGUCAGUUUCUCCUGUUGCAUCAGCGAAGUACUAUUCAUUGACUUAAUCACUUAUGCUAUCACCUGUGGACUCAGUCUGAGCAACAGAUGCUGUCACCCAGAAAUCUCCACACUUUAUAUGAAACUGCCUUAUACACAUUACUGGUCCAUCUGUCUUAGUAUUAUCUACUGUUAUCUAUUCUGGCACUCCAGGGUCUUUCCCAAACUAGUAACUUCAGAUCUUUCUAAACUGAGUUGUCAGGGAUUAAACUUUGGACCUGCUUGAAAAGCAGAAGGCCCCUUCACAGUUUGUGUUGUGUGGAGAUCAGCCUAUCCCUAUACAGUAGCUGAGAAACUUAAGACUGAUGUAAUCAUCAUCUUAGUGCAUCCUGUUAAUGCUAUAGUUCAGUGAGAAAUCAAUUAACAAACUAACAGCUCUGUUUCUACUAGGUUUGUGUGUGUUCUUUGUUUGCAGGCACAGACAUCACUCGGGAUAAGUUGCAUAGGCUAACUUAGUGUUCUUCUUGCUUUCUGGGGCUUAUGGAUUUCAGAAUAGUUUAUUUUUUGGCCAGGAUUGUGAUGGGAUAGGGGGAAGAAUGGGGAGGGUGAUGGGGGGAGGGGAGAAAGGAAAGAAGACAAAUGAGUCAAGAGGCCAGACUUCAGGAAGAAGUUUGUUCAUGUUCUUGUUGCACCUUGAGUCUUUACCUGCUCCUGUGUGUUUAUUUCGAGACCACUCUUUGACAAUACUUUAUUACCUUUUCAGAAGAAAACUGAAGUCACUGAAUGCUAGCAGAUAAGAGACUGCAAGAUCAGAUUUUAUCUGUUACAUCACGUGUAGGCAGAAUAUAUUAUUUCUCUUACAGCUCAGAAAUCCAAUUUCACUCGUAUUUAAUUGACCUCAUGUUCUGGAGAAAAGUGUCUCUUGCUGCACUAUCUUUUUCUAGAACAGUAGUUAGUAUUUAUCUAAGCAUCUGCUUUUCUUGUGCAAUUUCCUCAGAUUUUUGUUUCUCCCCACCAUGAAAUCAUUUUUCCUGUUAUUUAUUAUCCUGCAGUGAUUUUAGAGGUUUUGUAACUGAAAUGUGCUGCAAUUUCAGUCGGCUAAGUAGAAACAACCAUCUUUUUGUCAACUACAGUGUCAGAAUUUUUGAAUGACUUUUAAACAUGGUAGAGUUGCGGUUUUAGGUAAAGUCACACAAAUAAUGAAACUUGUUUGCUUGUUUGGGCUAUGAUCCUUAUUAUUUCAAGAACCCGAAGUUUUGAUCUAUGAGCCUCUUCAUGCGGCUUCAUACUUGGUGUAAGAAUCAGUGGAAUAUGAAACAUGACUGAUCUGGACAUCUUUUUUCAUGCUUCUAGAGUCUUUUGUGAGUUGCCCUUAUGCAUAUAUCCCUUGUGGCGAGCUGCAUCCUACAUUGAUAAUACACACUUCAACUCCUUUUCAUUAUCACUCAAAUAUUGUCAUCUUCAUUAUACCUGUUUAUAAUUAGUUUUUUUUCCCAUAGUCUAAUAGUUCUAAACAUCCUCAAAUGAUAUGAACCACUUUAUUUAAUCAGAGUCUCUAUACCAUUAUUGUUACAUAUUUAUAGAUCCAAGAUCAGGUCACUUAAAAAAUAAAUAACAAUGAUUGACCAAUCCUUAUAUUACUGUGAAAUAUUUCAAGUGUCAUCAAGAGAAUAUAUAUUAUUGCUUUUUGUUUGCUAAGGUUCAAAUAACAAAACUCUUGGUAGAAAUAUUAAUUUUCUCCCCAAGAGCUUAAAUUCAUUGGUGUUGCACUUUGAUUAUCUGCACAAAUCAUUACAGACGCUGUAAUAUAUUUUUGUAUAUGUUUAUAAGAUUUCUCCUUUUUGUGUGUAACGAUUCUGGGAAAUAAAAUUCGCUGUUUAAUAAAGUUACUUGCAUGCUU